GUCGGGAGUUCAUCAUCCCCUCGUUGGCACACAGGUUCAUAGCAGAGAUGGUGGAUUUCUUUAUUCUGUUCUUCAUAAAAGCAACCAUUGUUUUAAGUAUUAUGCACCUCAGUGGAAUAAAGGACAUCUCCAAAUUUGCCAUGCAUUACAUCAUAGAAGAAAUAGAUGAAGAUACAUCCAUGGAAGAUUUGCAGAAGAUGAUGGUAGUAGCUCUCAUCUACAGGUUAUUAGUCUGCUUCUAUGAGAUAAUCUGUAUUUGGGGAGCAGGUGGAGCAACCCCAGGGAAGUUCUUGCUUGGACUGCGCGUUGUGACAUGUGAUACAUCUGUACUUAUUGCACCCAGCCGUGUGCUUGUCAUUCCAUCUUCAAAUGUCAGCAUGACAACGUCCACAAUACGAGCUUUGAUCAAGAAUUUUUCUAUUGCUUCAUUUUUCCCUGCAUUCAUUACACUGCUGUUUUUCCAGCAUAACAGAACAGCCUAUGAUAUUGUAGCAGGAACUAUUGUGGUAAGACGAAAUGGAGUCAGAUGAUACCAAACGAUGAGUUUUCCAGACUGGUUUUGAACAUCCCCUCCCACCCCAGUAAACUAAGACCUACCCCAAAACUGAAAUCAAGGCAUCUGUCAAUCUUUUGACCAAAUUAAAUGGGAACUGAUUCAGAAGCUAAAGAAAAUGUUUUGCUCCGGUGUGAUGCCAGCAGCUACCUUUAAAGUAUUGGAGUUUUCAUACACGCCAAAGAAUUUUAGGAGAAACAAUAUGUAUUCAAUCUGGGAGUAUUAACCUCUGACUGACGAGGAAGCAAGUGGCUGUAUUAACUGCAGGAAGGAGCUGUUUGUUCAUCGGCCUG